GCCACAACAAAACAUUCCGCUGACAGUCAAUUCACGGCUGCUGCUUUCAAGUAGUUACUGGCGCUUAGUGUCCCUCCCACCCCAGAAACAGGCGAAAUAUUUACUUUUAAACUUACAGCUUUUAUCACAAGCCACAAUUUUGAACAUUUCUUAUUAAUAACGAAUUUUAUCCGCAGUUGUAAAAGAACUGGGGAAAAAAAAGAUGGCUGUGUAGCCAGAGAGACAAGUCCCAACAGAACUCUUGCUUUAAUCACCGACACGUCCUCUGAGUCCCGUGGACAGUUAACCGGUACCGGAGCAGGGACGCGGGGAGCAGCCGAGCAGGGCCGCCGUUGUAACCUGCUGUCAGUGCGAUUAACGGCAUCGAGAGUGCAACAACAGCUGAGAGAGCCCGAGUUGUUUUUGUUCUGCCUGGGCACAGGGAGAGGACUGCUGUGUUUGUGUCAACGUAGCUAGCCACAUAGUCUGCUAGCUUAACUGUAAGUCAACAAAAUUAGUCAACAUUUAAUCUACCCGACAGUAAUGAUUAAAUUUAGCACAUGAUUUCGUUAUUACACAAUAAUUGGAUUGUUAAAAUUCCUGUUCCUAUGUGUAGGGUUGCAUUAAUAUUAAGUUUGCCUGCGUUCCUUCCUGACAACCUGCUUCUGAAGUGUUAGCUUAGCUCACGCUAGCUCACUAUCAGCUGACCGUUAGCUCGACAGGUCGUAAGAUAGCCUUGAGCUAACAAGCUGAUAUUUCGGACCCAGCCAGGUCGAGGCAGGUAUAUAAUAGACACUUCUAGACAGCCAUCGCCAUGUCUUCACUGGACGAGAGAGACGUAGGCGUUGCGGCCGCCCCUGGCUCCUCCUCGGCCGGCCUGGGGGUCGGGGCCGUGGGGGCAGCGGUGGAGGCUGUCGCCGGGAUCGCAGCCAUGCAAGAGGAUGUUGCUAUACGACGAGAGGGGCCUGAGCCUGAUCCAGACGAGCCACCCAAGAAGAGGGUGAAAAUACCCGAGGGAGAGUCAGGAAAGCUGGAGGAGAGACUGUACUCAGUGCUGUGCUGCACCGUGUGCCUAGACUUGCCCAAGGCGUCAGUAUACCAGUGUACCAACGGGCACUUGAUGUGUGCUGGCUGUUUUAUUCACCUCCUGGCUGAUUCACGUCUCAAGGAAGAACAGGCCACGUGUCCAAACUGCAGGUGUGAAAUCAGCAAGAACUUGUGCUGCAGGAACCUGGCAGUUGAGAAGGCGGUCAGCGAGCUGCCGACAGACUGCACCUUCUGCCUAAAACAGUUCCCCCGCUCCAGUCUAGAGAGACACCAGAAGGAGGAGUGCCAAGACAGGGUGACACAGUGCAAGUAUAAGAGGAUCGGCUGCCCCUGGCAAGGCCCGUUUCAUGAGCUUCCAGCACAUGAGAGUGAGUGCUCUCAUCCAACUAAGACUGGUACAGAGCUGAUGGGAAUACUGGGAGAGAUGGACCAGAACCAUCGCAGAGACACACAGCUCUACAACAGCAUCUUUAGCCUUCUCUGCUAUGAGAAGAUUGGGUUUACAGAGGUGCAGUUCAGGCCGUACCGCACUGAUGACUUCAUCACUCGUCUGUACUAUGAAACACCACGUUUCACUGUUCUCAACCAGACAUGGGUGCUGAAGGCCCGCGUUAACGACUCCGAGCGCAACCCCAAUCUCUCCUGCAAGCGCACUCUCUCUUUUCAGCUCAUCCUUAAGAGCAAGGUGAACUCUGCCCUGGAGUGCUCCUUCCUGCUUUUAAAAGGUCCGUACGAUGACGUGCGGAUCAAACCGGUCAUCUACCACCACUCCUUCAGCAACGACACCAACGAGACUGACUAUGUUCCUUUACCCAUCUCCGACUCGGUGGAGUGCAACAAACUGCUGGCCGCCAAAAACAUCAACCUGCGCCUGUUCAUCUUCCAAGUCCAAAAAUAAAGACUGUGAAACGAGGAGGAGGAGGGGGAGGAUGGAAAUGGUGAAGAAAAAGAAGCUUGGUGAUUGAAGGCAAGAGUCAAAGAAAGGAUGUGAUGAUGAAAGAGAGACACCACUGAACCAUUGAUACCUCUUAACAUCUAGACACACAUAUACACACACACACACACACUCACCACUAAUUACACUUACCUCUUUGUACAAGGUAGUGAGACCCCUCUCUUGGGAAAGCUGUGAGUUGCUAUGGAGAUGAGAUGGGUGGGCUUUUAUAUGGGAUGGAGGGGUGGGGCGAAACCUUCGGCAGUGUUGCCAGGUGGCUAGUGCGUACCUGUGGUAUGUAGAUGAUGUUUCACUUCCUGACACUCGCAGCCAAAGGUAGCACACACACACACUCUCCAACCAAAGCAAGGUUUGCAGAGUGUGUUUUUUGUGUGCAUGUUUGUGUGUUUUAGAGACAAACUGGGUUAAAGUGGCAAAGCGUGACCAAACUCUGCUCGCAUGUUCGGACAUCCUCAAAACGUGAUAAUGUGAAAAUAAAGCAACCGACUCUACUGAGCUGUUCUUUGGUCACGUGGAUGCAGAUGAAGGGCUGGUAUGUGUGUUUUCCCCCGCUUUCUACACACUUGAUGCCUGAGUUUCCUCAACAGUGUCCUUCUGUUUUGGGAAAAAAAAAACAAAACAAAACAAAAAAAAAACAUUUAGUUUCUGAUUUUUUUUGUUGUUGUUGUUUUUCCAGAGCAGGUGAAAGACAGCAUCCCACUAUGUCUCCCCCACUUCUGCUUUUCAUCAAGAGGAGAGACGGCCUGGCUGCAUGCAUAUUUUAGUUCUUCAGCUUAUUCCUCCAGCUGUGGUUAUAUUUAACCUUCAUCACUAAUAGCAUUUUAUUUCUCUUUACCCCUAAUAUUUAAGUACCUGUGAAUGUUUUUAUUUUGGGUUUUUAGAGCGUGACUAGCUGCCUGUGUGUUUGCGUGAAUGUGUGUAAAGAGAUGAGGUCCUUGUGAACAACAGUGCAGUCGUCAAGGUCCUUACUAGCAAGGCCGGACCACCACUAGAACUUCCAGGGCCCCAGAAUGUCACUAUUUUAGUUUUGUUACGAUAAUUUAACUACUUUAAAAUGACUUGAUAAUUUGCAUCACUUAAAGGUAGGGUAGCAGAUCUCUCUAAAACAGGUUUUUCCAACUCGAUAUGGGCAACUUUUCUGCCAUAAUGUCCCUUACAUUUAAGUGUGUACUGUAAGCUCUGGCUCUUGCUUUGUUGCCUAUACAAGUGCUCCAAGCCUCUGAGAAAACAUGAUUCAUGCACGAAGAGCACAGAGGGGUUGAUGGGGGCGGGACAAAUGGCAGUUGAGUUAAGUAGACAUCACCAACCAGUCUUUUAGAACGGCCGAUUAAAAUGAUUGGAUGGUGUUUUUUCAGUCCUGUUCAUUCCACAGGUGACUUUUUUUUAUAUAUAUAUUUUAUUUUAAUGUUAAAGCAUUUAAUUAAUUGGCUGCAAUCUGGGUGUGAAGGGAAUUUACACAGUAAAAACAAAAAAAUGCUCCUGGAAAACAUCUCCUACCCUACCUUUAAGAAAAAUACAUUGUGAGAUUUGCAUUUUUAAAACCUUGAUUUGAGUAUUUUAGCUCAUAUUGUUGUCAUAGGGCCUUGUCCCUUUAUUUUAAUCUUUGUUUACUUUGCUAUAAAAUUUUUUAAUUGCUUUAAUAAUUUUUAUGUAAUCAAAUCUAGUUUAAAUGCUCCUAAAAUGCCAGUGAAAUUAUUCAAAUAAUUACAAAGUGAUUUACUCACACAAAUAUGGGGCCACAUAGUAUUCCAAUGUAAGAGUAUAUCUUUGAUCAAGAUACAGCGUUGCCUCUGUAUUUAACGGUAGAAGCAAACCGCAGCUCUUGUAGCCCCUUUUUCUGGUCCUGGGACCCCCUUGAUAGUUGACAACAAUCCAAACUGAUCAAUAACCUAUCAAUAAAAUCAGGCCAACUGGACUUCAGCAGCCCUCUCUUGAUUACCUUUUUUUGAGGGUCAGAAAUUUGUUGUAUGAUUGACAGUGUGUUUGUGUGUGUCUGUGCAGGGGUGGCACCAGGGGGGUUUUACCGUACCAUAGAGACAUAUUAGUGUUAGACUACUUGAAUAAAAACAAGAUGUUACUUACAUAGACUCUACUGUAAGGCAGAUAGAUCUCUCUCCUCCUGACCUCCAUGUCCUGUAUUUCUGUGUUUUAAUGCUUUGUCUCUAUGCCAGUGGACUCACUCAUCUCACUAUGGCUGUACAUGUGCCUUUUAUUAAAGAUCAUGGAACCUGCA